UUUCGUGUGAUUUUGUGGGAAAAUGGGUCAUUCUAAGCAAAAUUGCUUCAAACUUGAUUACUUUAACAGACAAUUUGUGAAUUUCAUGGGUGAGAGUACUGCAGAUGAUUAUUCCUGCAAUGAAGGUGGUGAAAUUGAGUACGCAAAUGCGGAAAUGUUCAACCAAAUAGAAAACUUUCAAGAUAAUAACGACCAAUGCAUGAAAAUUUUUACUGUUUUGAACACAACAUAUGUUAAGCUGGAUGAAACACAAAUAGAGGACCAAAUGGUUGAUUUUGAAGUUGAUGAUAGUUGCUUGUUGAAUGACAGCAAAUUUUCUAUACCAAUUGAUGAUGAUAGUUAUGCUGACAUUGAAUUGAAAAGUUUGUUUACCCCGAAUUGGGAGGAUGAUUUGAUUUUGGAUUUGAACGAUUUGUUUGAUAAAACUUGUUAUAAUAUUGAUGAAAAUUGUGAUAAGGCCCUGAAUUGGGAUGAUAAUUUGUUUUGUGGUUUUGGAUUUUUACAUGAUGAGAACAUGGAAGGUGGUGAACAAGGUGGUGAAUGCGAGAAUGUAGGUUUUAAUGAACUUUUAGCAGAUGUCAGCGUGAGUUUUGAAGGUGCCCCAAAUUGGGAAGAAAAUGUUGUGAGUGGUUUGAAUAAUUUAUUUUUGUAUGACGAUGUUUUGGAUGUGAAACAAGAUGUGAUGUUGGAAAAUAACGUGGGUUCGAUUGAACAUAAUUUUGAUACCAAAAGGAAUAUUUCAAGCAAUGCAAUAGCAGCAAAUUUAUAUUAUACCUCAAAUUGGGAAGACAGUGACAAUUUUGAUAACUGUGAGAGUUCGGACAAAAAGCUGCUGAUUGGCAAUGAUGGUUGUGGAAUUGAGUGUUGUAUUCAUGAUGUUCAGAAUUUGAUUUUAACCCCAAUUUGGGGAAUGUUUCAAGAAAGUUCGGAAAGUGUUUGUUUGGAAAAAGUAUUAUUUGACGAAGUUUCUGAGAUGUCAGGGCGAAAAGGUAGUAGUUUGAGUUUAAAGCUAUGUAAAUCUAAUUUGAAAAACGAGUAUGAUAUGCAAAACAUUGAAUUGAUGAUAAUAUUUUUGAUUAUGAUUGCUAUAAUUGUUUGCCAAAAUGGGUUUAAAGCUAUACAAAAUUCGUUGUUUCUGUACGAACUGAUGACUGAAAUUUUGACGAGCAUUGCAAAUUUGCAAUUUAUUUUGAUUUUGAGUAAAGGAUGUGCUAAAAACUUAGACAAUCGCUUUGUUGACGAUUUUUGUGGUCGGCAUGAUCAAAAAUGUGUGGACGAUUGCUGGUUGUUAAAUGACAAAGUUGGCAAACCGCUAUAUUUACAAAGCGGGAAAUUGAAAUGUUUACAAGUCAUCUAUGCCAAAUCAUUAAAUCUGUUUUGGAAAGUCAUAUUUGGUACACAAUUGAGAAACAACAAGUGUUGGACAGGAAUCUUAUUAAAAGCAUCAAACCAAAGCUGUUGGUUUGUUUGCUUGAAUGUAAUUGUUUGCUGGACAGUUUGGCAAUAGUCAUUGUGUUAUUCAUAUUUUUGAGAUUAGUUUUCUCAAUUUGUUUGCUAAGAAACCUUAUUCGCGGGCUGACGAAAGUGACGAAUGGAGAAUUCCAUAAUUUUAGUUUGUUGGUCAUUUGUUCAAUUCAGUUCAUUAAUUUUAUUCAAGACGAUGAUUGUCUGUCAUGGAAAUUUAGUUUAAUUUCAAAUAGUUGUGUGUGCAAUGGUACAUUGAAUGAAAAGCAAAUUAUAAACAAGUUAAACUAUAGCAUACCUAAAACUAAAACUUUUCAAGAGAAAUGUUUGACAGAUGAUCAGAUAGUAGAUGUGGAAACUCAAUGGUUUCAAUGGAAACUUUUUGAAAGGGUGGUGAAUGAGGUAGUCUCUUUAACUUGGGACAUACCUAGCAUAUAUUUUCAUAAAAUAGAUCAAAAUAUCUUGAUUCCAUGCAUUGUUUGCAUUAAU